AUGCAUUUAGUACCAAAGCUUUUAGUUGUUUUGUUUGGCCUGGCCAUUGGAAUUCAAGCCGAGAUGCGAAAACCUGUGACGGAGACUUGCCUCUAUUGCAUUUGCGAGGCAUUGAAUGGUUGCAAUGCCACGGCUGUUUGUGUUAACGGGGCAUGUGGCAUCUUUCGGAUUACCUGGGAUCAGUGGGUGGACUGUGGUCGGUUGACAAUUCCAGGGGACUCACCUUUAUCGGACAAUGCCUUUACAAACUGUGCCAAUGAUCCUAUUUGUGCCGCCGACACUCUACAGAGUUAUAUGGCCAAAUUUGGACAGGAUUGCAACAAUGACGAUAAGGAGGAUUGCUACGAUUAUGGUGCUAUACACUAUAUGGGUCCCUGGAACUGCAAAGAGGACAGACCUUUUUAUUACGAAAGUACCUUUACCAGUUGUGUGAGAAAAGCUGUGGAGGAAGAACGUCAGAAAUCCAAUUGAGAUGCAUCUGGGAAUAAUUUUCAUCUAGAUUUUAGCCACUAACUUAUAAGGAAGAGUCACUUUAAUUUAUGUGCGAAUAUGGCAAUACUAAUUACUAAUAGAAGUGUUACUUUUGAUUAAUAAAAAGUGUCCGGUAGUAAACUGA